UCGAAAAAGAAGCAACAACAAAAGGAGAUCGUCGUUUACGAAACGAAGAAAAAAUCUGCGCAUUUGUUCAGACAUACAGAGAGAGUACGCACGAAUCGUAUACGGACGCUGCAUAAAACUCGGUCGGUAACAAACAGCUGUACCACGCACCGGCAUUGGAUAAAUGUACCCUUGGACUGAAUUGAAAGGCAUGAACGAGCUUAUGAAAUUUCAUCAGAAAAAAUGAACCAUCUUUCAGACUGUAGUGUCAUUUAUAUUUAUUUCUCGUCGCCUUUAUGAAAUAAAGAAACUGACAACGGACUAGCAACAGCCAAAAGAACAGUGUGUUUCAUUUUUUCGGUAUCUCGCAAGCACUCAGUAAUUCCACGCAAUUCACAGCUCAACUGGAUAUAUUCUUUACAAUCGCUGCUUUUUUCGCAAUGCUCGUGUGCGUGAGGGUAUAAUCGAUAUCUUGGAAAAGUUCAGACAUGAAGUGCAGAACCAAUGAAAAACAAAACAAAAAUAAACAAAAAAUUCAAUGCAAAACUCAAAUGAAUGUAAAAUAAUGAAGCAGUCAAAAUCAAGCAAACACAAAUCAAGGAAGUCAUUAUAUCAACACACAAAAUAUCUAACCACCAAAACCAAUGACAUGCACUAUUCAUGGCAUUCGCUUGAAGCAGCUGUGUAGCGAUUGCACAAACAUGACGGUUUGCUGUCGCCCAGCGUGGAUCAUGUCUUAGCUAACGCACACUGACACAUUUAAUUUGACGAUAUCUUCACACUGUUAGUGCUGUACCGAACAGCUGUCAAAGCGAAUUAGAUGUUUGUUUUGAUACACACGGUCGAUGAAAAAAAAAUUCGUGGUAUCGACGACGCAAAACACAACUAAGACAACUUACAACGAUAAAUUGGUGAAUGUGAAUCGGUAGCAUUGGACGUGUAAUCAAUCUGAUCACCAAUCAACAAACGCAAGCCAUAAUAUCAACGACAAUGAAUAGUCCAUCUUCAGAAGCUACUGUUCAGGCAAUCAAUCAUGAAACCGAUCGAUAUCCAUUCUGUAUCGUUUGGACACCAAUUCCAGUACUCACAUGGUUCUUUCCGUUCAUCGGACACAUGGGAAUCGCAAUGUCUAAUGGUAUAAUACGAGAUUUUGCUGGCCCAUACUUUGUAUCCGAAGAUAAUAUGGCCUUUGGCAGACCAACCCGUUAUCUUGUGUUAGAUGUAUCGAAAGUGCGCAAUGGAAGUACACUCGAAUGGGAUGAAUCGAUUUCAAAGGCAUCUGUGGUGUACGGUACACGUAUGCACAAUUUAUUCUGGGACAAUUGUCAUUCGCAUGUUGGCAUGGCAUUGACCAAUAUGAAAUACGAUGGAUCUACGAAGUGGAAUAUGGUUCGUUUGGCCAGCUGGAUGUUUUUCUGUGGGAAAUAUGUUAGUUUUGCACGAGCACUUCAAACGUGGCUUCCCUUUCUAAUGAUAUUAGGUGUUUGUGCAAUUUUCAGCUAUUUUAUGUAAAAAAAAUCCGUUUUUAAUAAUUUGGACCAAUGGAAUCAGUCAUUAUAAUGCAUAACUAUAUAUGGUUUAUAAGGCUAAUAAAUCGAUACAGAAACGCAUCAAUUCGAACCAUUCGUUGGUUUGCAACACAUUUUCAGUGCGUUACCAAUUAAAACCUCAUUUAUGACUGAAUUCAUCAUUUAUAUCGUUUACUUUCCUCAGAAUUAUUGUAAUUUGAAGUCAACUAAGAAAACAAUGAUCAUUGAACAAUGCAAUUGUACAUAUUGCAAAUAAAUCAAAAUAUUAGAUAUGAAAGUAAUUUAAACCAAA